AUGGAGGUCUACGUGGACGACAUGAUCGUCAAGAGCCGAGCAGGACCACAGCUCGUCCCCGACCUGAGGGAGAUCUUGAACAUCCUCUGGGAAAAUCGGAUGCGGUUGAACCCGAAGAAGUGCACCUUCGGAGUUAGGUCGGGCCGGUUCCUCGAUUUCUUGGUCUCUCGAGAAGGGAUCCGGGCUAACCCCGAAAAAUUCCAGACCAUCAUGGACAUGACCACUCCACGGAAUGUGAAAGAGGUCCAACGACUCGCGGGAAGGAUGGCUGCCCUGAACAGGUUUCUCUCACGGUCCGCGGCGUAUUUGGCCGAACUGCCCACCCUGACCGCCCCGGAGCAGGGAGAAACCUUGUUCCUGUACUUGUCCGCUUGCAACGAGGCCGUCAGCGCGAUUUUGGUGCGGGAAGACAGGGGGGCUCAGAAGCCAAUAUAUUAUGUUAGCCGUGCCUUACAAGGUCCGGAAACGCGGUACACGGCGGCAGAAAAACUAGUUCUCGCCCUGGUGCAUGCUGCCCGGAAGCUCCGACCUUACUUCCAGACCCACAGCAUUGUGGUCAUGACCGAUCAGCCCUUGCGACAGAUACUCACAAAACCUGAGGUCUCGGGUAGGAUGACUAAGUGGGCCGUCGAACUUGCCGAGUACGACAUCGGUUACCAGCCCCGCACCGCUAUCAAAGCCCAGGCCCUAGCAGACUUCCUCGCCGAAGGAGCCAGUCUGUCCACAACUGAGCCGAGCUCUCUGCCAAAGGAGGCCAGGCCGGAAGAGUCUUGGGUACUGUUCGUGGACGGGGCCUCGAGCAAGGAGGGAAGCGGAGCUGGCCUGCUACUCACCUCGCCCACCGGGGAAGAGCUGACCUAUGCGCUCAGGUUCGACUUCCCGGCGUCCAAUAACGAGGCCGAGUACGAGGCCCUCUUGACAGGGUUGCGGAUAGCCCACCAGAUGGGUGUAACCGCGAUCAAGGUUCGGAGCGACUCUCAAUUUGUAUUCAACCAAGUCCGCGGGGAAUACGAAUCUAAGGAGGAUGUCAUGAAGAAAUAUUUGGCCAAGGUACGAGAGGCGAGAACCCUGUUUGACAUUUUCGAAAUCGAGCGGGUGCCGAGAUCACAGAACAAGCGGGCGGACGCCCUGUCGAAAUUGGCAUCCGCCUCGUUUGCCCACCUUUGCAAGGAAGUCCUAGUUGAGGUGGUCAAACAAAAAAGCAUUGAUCAGAUUCAGGUCCUGGUCAUAGACAGCCCGGCAUCAUGGAUGACCCCCAUCGUAGAUUUCCUCAGCUCGGGAAACCUUCCCGCCAACAAAAUCGAAACCCGCCGACUCCAGCUCAGAGCUGCUAAGUACGCCUACGCCGAGGGAACCCUCUACAAGAGGUCUUAUUCAUCCCCCUGGCUAAAGUGCGUAACUCCUGAAGAAGGCGAUUACGUCCUCCGUGAAGUCCACGAAGGAUUAUGCGCGGCGCAUGUGGGGUCCCGGGUACUGGCCAAAAAGUGCCUUCUCCUGGGCUACUAUUGGCCCUCGGUGUUCCAAGAUGCGGCGGCUCUGAUUUAG